CGGCGUGGAGUGUGGCGGUGAUGGCCCCCACCUCCGUGCCGGCGGGGGUGGAGCUGUCCAUGGUGCCGAACGAGCGCGCGCGCUCGCCGCUUCACCAUCGAAGCGAACGCAGAGCAGAAGUCAAGAUGAUCCCGUGCAGUCCAGAGCAGGCGCCCAGCAACGAAACCGUGGAUUCAACUGCCCUGUGCAGUGGCUACGUGAAUGCUGAGCACGUGUCCGUGCUGGCGUUCAUGUGCCCGGGGCCAAACGACUCGAGCUCAGCGACCUACUGCUGCGGCUUUGCUGACCUCAAAUACUGCUGUGAAGAACCGGAUCACUUCUUCCCUUACUCACACAGCUACAUGUGGGCUCUGAGCGUGGGAGCGCUGGUCGGACUUGGCUUCGCGGCGCUCGUCUUCCUGGCGUUCGUCGUGAGCGUCUGCGUGCUGGGCUACCUGUUCCUGUGCACCAAGCCCCGCGGGCGCCUCGACUCCGGCCUGCAUCUCCAGCCGCAACACGAGGAGAAGCGGCGCGCCAACCCGGAGCUGGGGGACUUCAGCGCGUUUAGCGGCGGCGCGGCGAGCGUGAGCCACGCGAAGUCCCACGGGAUCCUCUUCGUCUCCGAGGUUCUCAAGUCGGACACCACGUCCACCAAGAUGGAGAUGGUGCUGGAGGAGGCGGCCGUCAUUCCGCUGGGGGCCGUGACCGUCCCCUCCCCGGCCCACUGCUGCACGGCAAGGAAGUGACCCCCCAGUAUGCGCGCGCGGCUGUGCUCGUCUCUCUGCAUUCCUAUUCGUUCGGUCUUCGCGCCGCUAGCUGCCGUAUUUUCUCUCAUACCCACUUUUCCACUGGCACAUCUGAGCUGCGCCAGCGCGGGGCCCUCGCAGCGCUGGGCGGUUUUCCGGGAUAAUUUUUGGCGAGACUGAGCUAGAACCAAAACCUCGAAACGCUGGCCUCGCAAGGCUAUACGAGUCUGACUUGGGACAGGGUUAUUCAUUUCCUUCGUACAUCGUGUCAUGUGCAAGCCAUGCUGCUGAUGUCGCCACAUGUUCGUUGUGUUUGAUGUCAGUGGCACGGCUCUUGAUUCUGCAGUUCAAAAGCAACCUGGCUGCAUUGGUGCGGGCUCUGCAUGGCCCUAUUGUACGAUCGAAAAUAGGUUUCUUUUUCAGUUGUUGUUCUGCAACAAUGUUCUCCUGGGUAGUUUAUUUUUCUAAAAUUUUCGUUACUUGAUUUCAGCAGCAUUUCGUUUUCGUAUGGGUUCAAAUAUGGUUUCGUUGCUUGGUUUUGUGACAGGGGCAGAACCGGUGACCUCGGAGUUGGUCCAUCACACAGAUGACAUUGGCAACCAUUAACAUAUGUCAACUCAUGUUGCAUAUAAUUCCUGUGAUUUUUUUUAUUACCGUAAUUUUCUGAUGCAAACUGUCCAUGUUGCUGUGAGCCAUGGCAGAGUUUUGGCGAAAUCAAAUGCAUUUCAAACAAGUAUAAACAUUAAUUACAGCUGGAUAUUUAAUGACCACCCUAAUGUAUUGACAAAUUGCAGUCAUGCAUUUGGAAGACAAUGCCCUGCAUAAAGUCUGCCACUGAAUAGAAAAUUUACUGGACACUCUUUAAACGUUCACCAAACGAAUACGAAAAUACCGUUUUGUUAACUGAAUUGAGUUUGCAGAGCCACAGUCAUUGUUAAAAACACUAGCAGAUUAUUCUUCAAGCUGGACAAUUUAGCGUUUUGUGACAGACAAAAUUGUGAUAAUUAUUACAAAGAAUAAAACAAAUAUGUGGUCUAUGUUUUUUUAUUUUGUACUUCCGUAACAUUCGGCGGCACAACAUUAUUUUUAGUAUGAUAAUGAUGACAGUAAAUCCAGAAUAAUAACCCGUGGCAAUUAUCUCAGUUCACAUUGAAAAUAUCGCACGCAGUCGUGAACAUGGAAUAAGCACACAAGUUGAACAGCUCAUUCAUAUGCUACGGUUUAUCCCAUAUUGAAGGCAUUCGGGAGAGAUUUUCUGUAAGAUAUUUCGCAACCUUGUGAGGUUCUGCUAGCUUUAUUUUAUCCGACGGUAGGGUGCUGAGGGGGAAAAUGCACAUACAGUUCGAUUAACUUAUGCACUGUGUGUGAAGGGACACCUUCUAAAAAAAUACCAAUACAAAUGUACCAAUCUUUGAACUGUACUCAAACCCCAUAUGCUGCAGUGUCUAGACUCGAGAGAGGCCCUUAGUCGAUUGUUUUUUUUUAGAGCACUCUGUAUUCUCUGUGUUGAGAAACACAAACAUGCAAACAACUAUGUUGGUGAUCGACAGAAACAAUUUAUGUUAUUCCAUUUGUGGCCAAAAAUGUGGCUUGGACAAUUCGAUUAAUAAUAAUUUGGAUUUUCCAAGUGGUUUGUGUGUUGGAAAGUUUUGACCUAAUUAAUGGUGUGUUGUAUUUGCUAAAUAUCCGAGCAUUGUACCAAUUUUAAAACAGUUCGUCGUGUGUUUGCUCAGUAUGUCAAUAUUUUAUUGGAUAAAUGUUUGCAAUUAAUUAGUGCAUAAUUUUUAAGUAUCCGAGUGACAAAUUGUCAUUAAUGUUACUCUAAUCUUGCACUUAAAACGUAUUAGUAAUGUGAUAAAGGACAAACUUGGCUUCAUAUUUUUUUAAAAACAAAAUCAUGUUUUCUCUCCCUGAACGCUCCGUAAUAUCCCCUUUACACCCAAAGUUGUGCUUUGCAGUAUUUUUACUUGUAGAUACAAUAAUUGCAUUUCUUCUGAAAAAGGAAAUAAAAUGUUUCUGUGGAGUUGUGAAA